AUGGACAGCUCUCGGCUGUGCCUCUGUGCUUCUCCACCUGGCACGCUCAACGCCCGGAUCUGCUGCACAGGACAAGCAAGAUUCUCCAGGUCCGGAGGAUUCUGGAGACCCUGGAUUCCCACCCCUAAAGAUGCAGAAAGGCAGCGCAGGCGAAACUACAGGGCGUUGUGCAGCUCUUCAGAGACAGACUCAGCAAAACUCACACAGUAUGUACAUCCAGUUAGGUUAUUCUGGCCCAAAUCCAGGUGCUUUGACUACUUGUAUCAAGAAGCUGAAGCACUUCUGAAGAACUUUCCUGUCCAAGCCACAAUUUCCUUCUAUGAAGAUUCAGAGAAUGAGGAAGAUAGUGAUGACUCGGAACAUGAUUCUGCAGCAGAAUUGGAUUCUUAAUUAUAAUGAAUGUUAAUACCACUGUUCAUAUUCAUUCCUUAAUUUAAUAUUGAUAUCAGCAUACUAUCAUAGUAUUUUAAGUUAAUUUAUAUUAAGUUAUUUUUCAUUAAAAUCAAGCAUUUUACAUUUUUAUAGAAACAGUAUUGAGUUUUGCUUCAUUUUAUGCCUGCUACACUCCUCUGUUCCUCUGAUAACAGCAACUCUUCGAUGCUGGUAGU